AUGGAAGGAUUGCUGGCGUUGGAGAUAGAUGAAGAUUUGCUCGCCACUUGCAGCGCGCUGGGCUACACGGAAGGGGACUUGUACUACAAAGGAGACGAAAGCUGGGAGUGUAUGAAGGAUCUUAUUCGUUUCUUGCGGUUGGACCAGCCAGAGAAUUGUACAGUUAGGAGACAACUUGGUCGUAUGCAGACAUUGCAAAAAGAUCUUUUGCCAAUUUUGGUGAAUUUUCACGAAGAGGAUAAACUGUUGGAUGUUUCUAUAAAGUUGUUGAUCAAUCUAACUCAACCAGCAUUGCUCUGCAUGGCUGACAAAUACAGUACAAUGGAUGUCAGCUCAAAUCGCGUUUAUUUGGAGUUGAACCAAUAUCUACAGGAAUAUAAAGAGUCGUUUACUAAUGAAAAAGUGAUGCAUGUGCUUGGAACACUGCUGGCACGUUUGUGCAAUCAACCAGCUGAGGAUCGUUCUGUUGAUGAUACUCUUAUGGUUGAGAGAAUUCUUAUUUUGUUGAGAAAUAUUCUGCAUGUUCCAUCUGCUCUGGAUGAUGAGAAGAGAACUGAUGAUGAUGUUGACCUUCAUGACGAAAUCAUUUGGAAUUUUCACAUCAAUGGCAUCGAUGACCUCUUGAUUUACAUUUGCAACUCAUCCACUGAAUCUCAGUGGAUGAUGCAUGGUUUGGAGAUCAUCUUUCUAAUGAUGAGGGAACAAAGUGCAGCAAGACUAGCUUCUGUAGACUUGCAGACAGGAAGACCAACUGAUGACAAGGAUUUUGAGUUGCUAAUCGAACGUGAACGAGAGCGCAAGAGGAUAAAAAGCAGGAAUUGUAGUGCAAGACAUUCACACUUUGGUGGCACAUACGUCAUCGUUGGCUAUCAAGCUCUCGACGACUCAGAAAACAUUCUCUACCACAAACCACUAGCCAAGGUCGAGUCUCACUCACUGGAUGCCGACAAACGUCGAUACAAGGUCAGCAAACAACGAGUUCCAGCUCUGUCUCGACCAAAGCCGAGACAAACAACGAUCAGCGUCCGCCGCAUGCUGCAGCAGUUUUCUAUCAGUUUCUUGGAGUAUUGCUAUAAUCCAGUGAUGAGAGCAGCGAGGGACAUGAUUUUGAGGCAUCAUCAUCUUGACAAUGAUGAGACGUAUUAUUUGUGGGCAGUGAGGUUUUUUAUGGAGUUCAACAGGCUGCACAAAUUUCGGGUCGAUCUUGUGAGUGAGACACUAACUAUGGCUGUCACUAACUUUAUAAUGUCACAAAUCAUGACAUACCUUGAGAGGACAUUAGAAAACAAAAGCUUUGAAGCAAGACCUUGGUCAAGACGAUUACACUACAGUCUUAAGGGUUAUCGUGAAGUGUUGGAAUAUAUUCAGGCAAUGAGUUUUCAUUCUGAUUCUUCAAUGAGAGACAAUGCAGACAUUAUGCAGAGUAACCUGUUCUACACACCAGAGUAUCGUGAGAUCUUUCACUUGCUGUUGAGAAACUAUGACCAGAUCAAGUCUGACAAAGAUUAUCUUUGUGAUCUCAUUGAAACAACUCACCUGUUUUUGAAACUGAUUGAGAAUUAUUGUAAGAAGAAAAAUAACAUGUUGGUCCAAGGGAAAAGAAAGAAAGGAGUCGGCAGGAAGAAAACAAAGGGCAAGAAGACUAGAAAAUUACAAAUAAAUGAAGCAGAUCUACUUGCUAAAUGGGCUGAAAUGGAGGCCAAAGUUAUGGAGUUACUUCAACCGGAAACAGAGUUGCCAACGUCACCAUUGCCGUUUGAUGCUGCUAGUGAUGUAGACGUUGAAGAACAAAAGAACUCUGCUGUGGAAAGAAUUGUUGAACUACUUGACGCUCAACAGCAAGGAGAAGCAGUAGCACUUUUACGUGCUGCAAGAGGAGUUUGGCCGGACAGCUUGUUUGGAUCCGCUGAAUGGACAAUUGGCGAUGAGUGCAAUCUGCUUAGAGAGACAUUUGUGUCAGGAAUGUUAGUGCAGGGUGAGCACGAAGAGGAAGAAGAUGGAGAAGAAAUGGGACAUGCAGAUGAUGAAGAGGAAAGAGUAACAGUGCAGAAAUACGAAAUGCAGUUUGAUGUGGAAAAUUACGUUAUGAGAUUUGCUCAUACAAAGAUAGUCUACGCUUACUGCUUGUUACUGAAAAACUAUCAUCAGAACACCAGCCAUACUAAUCACUGCAUUAUCAAGAUGUUGCAUCGUAUCAGUGUCCAAUGCAAAAUGGCUCCCAUGCUUUAUCACAUCUCAGUAUUUGUAACAAUGGAUCAAAUAUUGAAUGAUCCAGCAGCUUCUAAGAUGAAAGAGAUGGUGCAAUUUGCACAAUACAUUGUGUCCGGGUUCUUCAAAAUGGCAACAGCUAAUGCAUGUAUGUUUGCUGAGCUGUUGUUCUGGAAGAGACCACUUGAUGUGUGUGAACUGCAGGAAGGAUAUGGAACUUUAGAACGGAAACGAGCUCUAAAACUAAGUAGAAGUGUAUGGACAUUUGAGCAAGAAGAGCAACUGACUGAACUUUACCACAAACACAAAGGAGCUUCAGAUUUACUGGAGGCUAUUCUAAUUGAUCUUCCACUUGAACCAGAACGAACUCGAAGACAAAUUGCUGCCAAGUUGUUACAACUAGGUCUCGUCAAUGACAGAAAGGAACUACACAAGAGAAAAGUAGGAAGAGGAAAAAGGCGAAAAGGUGGAAGUCUGUGGACAGAGCAUGAAGUAGAGAAACUGCAAGAUCUGUUUUUUGAAUUUGCUCUUCAUGACAACCAACUGCAUGAGAUUGCAGCACAACUGUCAACAAAGAAUGCUGAUCAAAUUGUUCAGAAAUUGCAAGAGCUUGGAUUGAUGGAGGUAUCAGAUCAAGAUGAUGAACUGAAAGACGAAUCAAAUUCGUCUAAUGACAGUAAUGAUGAUGACAAUGGAAUACAUCCUGCUAGAAGGAGGCAACCAGUGAGGAGCCCAACAACUGUGCAAAGACCAACUCGGCAACCAAGACUACCUGCAGCAAACUGUGUUGAUGUGGUGAGACAGAUUCAUGAAACUGGUAUGUCACAAACACUAGAAUGGCUGGAAGAAAAUCUUGCUGCUGAAGCAGAAGAUCGAGCACAAGAUGAUGAGUGGGAAAAUCUUCCGCUUGUUGCUGUUAGUACUACUGAUGUGCAAGCAGUUCAGCAUGAUCUGUUUGUUCAGCUGCUAGCAGGUCUGGGUAUGACACCACCUGAAGUUGACCAAGAGUUUCAUUGGUGCAUUCCCAGUGAUAUGACACCUGAAGAGCUCAAACAAGCUGUCAAGGUUUUUCACUCAGACAAAGAAUCAGGAGCAAAUUCAUUGGACCUUGUUGUUGAGUUGAAUGAAGAAACAUCAUCUCAGACAGCCACAAAUUUGGAAGUGCAUGCAGAUUAUGACAUACAGAGGAUUGGAAUUGGUAACAGAAAACUAUUUAAACAGACGGACGUAUCAAUUGAGACAGUUGGAGACGAUUGUAACGAUGAAAUCUCAAGUCAACGUCAACGUAACAAAAUUAGAGAAACAAAGCGGAAACGGGUUCGUCAUUUAUCGGACGAUUCCACAGAGGAAAUGGAUGACGAGAAGUCACCACCACCACAAGACGACUCAAACAAAAUCCAAAAGUUACACAAGAAACGAAGGCAAUUGAUGGAUGACAGUGAGAGUGACGAUGACGUCGUUGUAUGCCACAACAAAAGACCACACGCACAAACUCUUGACUUGAAAGGCGACAACUCUGACUCAGAGUCGGAUGUUGAGAGUACAAAAAAGUUAGUCAUCAUUGAAAGCGACAGUGAGCAUUGACUAUGUUUCAGAUAUUUAAACUUUUUCUGCUGUUAAUAUAAUUGAUAUCAAUAAAUCUGAGUAGUAACUAAAAACAUUAAACCAA